AUGUUACUUAACCAUUUCGCAAUUGCUACAAGGGAACAUCCGCACGAGCAAUGGGUCGAUGUUCGGAGAGUGGAUAGAUUGCCAGCUCAAGGCUGGAAGCAUUCUAGAAAAAAUGUUCUCAUUGUCCACGGCUUUAAUGGAACACAUUCAAAGUCUCCGAUGACAUUUAUACGUGACGCAUAUCUAUCCCGCAAAGACUAUAACGUGUUUAUGGUGGACUGGAUGGCUCUCGCGAGAUUUCCUUGCUAUCUAUCUGCGCUAUCUAAUAUGAAGCUAGUGGGACAAUGUACGGCGCAGCUUUAUUCACACCUAACACAAUUUGGUGUGAAGGCUAGGAAGAUAACGUGUGUGGGACACUCCCUCGGCGCACACGUUUGCGGGAUGAUAUCUAAUCAUUUGACAGAGAAACAAUAUAAAAUAAUUGAUCUGAAAUAUAUAGAUUUACUCGCAGAU